GCAAAGAGGCUCACCGAGCCAAUCGGAGGCGCGAGUGCGCGGCGCAGAUGCGCGCUAGAUUCGAGCCGCCGCGCCGGGCUGCUCAGAUCGAGCGUGGACGUUUACCGCGUCGUAUCCUUUGGUCUUUUCGUUCGACCUCCGCUUCGGUCCUUUCUGUUCGCAACACGCUCGCGAGUCACUCCCGUUCUCGGUUCUCGUCUCCCGUCUUUCGUUUCGAUUUCGAUCUCGUCCGAGCCGCCAGUGCUUUCGCUCCGCCGGAGAAAGGACGACUGUCACGUGAAUUUCGAUCGGUAACACGCGAGUGUUCGCUAGGACUUCCGGGUAACCGCGAUCCGAACCGGUGCCGACGGACACGCACGGUACCGAAAGAUCGAACGAUCGAGCAAAACCGAACCGCUGCUCGUUCGCCGAAUCGGACAUGAUAGGUCAGGACGACGCGUGUCAAGGACAUAGAACCGGAGCCGCGUCGCGUUCGGGCAUCGGUGCUGGUGCGAACGUACGAGCGUGAGAGAAUUCGAGCUAUGGAAGCAUCCGCGUUGUCUUCUGUUGGGUGUAUUUUUUGACCGCACCGAAUCGAAUCGAAUCCGGGGACAAGAAUGUAAGGAUCGCUGACGGGCAACCGCGAGUGUCAGUUUCCAGUGAUUCCAUGAAUUUAACUCUGACCCAGGCAUCCACGUUUGCUGGUGAAUUCGCAGUCGGAGCAGAAAGAUUCCAACGGUGUUUAAAACGUAUCUCCGGGUCGACGUCGACGUCGACGACGACGGCGGCGGCGACGACGACGACGACGACAGCGGGGACGACGGCGAACGUGGAGAGAAACGGGACAACGGUUACAGCGGCGGUCUUCCGUUCGGCUGCGCUGUCACCGUCAAACAUGCGAGAGCUUCGUACCGAGUGUGAACAGACUCCCUCGAAUCAGUAAUACGUUCGGAAGAGAAGCGGAAUAAUACUCGGAGCAAGAUGUCAAUGACGGGAAGCUUGAUGGGCUACGAAAACAACAACGAAGUGAACCAAGCGAAGUGCAAGAAACCGUUGAAGCCCCUUCCGGUGGUGUCCAGCAUAAAUUCCAGCGGCGUGUCGAGCACCGCGAAAGCGAGGAAGCCACGAAGGUCGACGAGGCAAAGUUCGUGCAUUCGAGGCCACGUGAACAACCUGUGGUCCGUUUGGUACGGCAUUCUAGCGGUCGCGUUUCAAGCUUACAUCGGUCUGCGCUACGCCAAGCGUUUCGCCGCGUAUCUGUCGUUGCCAUGGCCAGCGGAUGCUCCACCGCCGAAGGUGGAGUUGUACGCGUGUCUGGUGCUGGCCGGUACCGGGGUGGUGCUUCUGCCGGUUCUGCUCGGCGCGGCGUUCCUGAAGCUCGGCAACCUGGCCAACGACGGAGUCAAACUGGGCCGUCACUUGAGCGCGUGCUCCCGCGACCCACCCUCCUCGCUGCUCACCAACAAUCUCGACCACGGUUUGGCGAAUAAUUUAUGGCGGCACGGAGGUCCCACCGCGGCCUUUCUACACCUUUGUACGGCCAUGUGCUUCCUGCUACCCUCUCUGCUCAUGGAGGCCAGACUGAUCCACGCUGGAUUUCUGCCAAAAGAGGCGAUAUGGCGUACGGAUCUGGACUGGCUCGUGAUUCACCGCGACCGCCUGGUCGUAUCGAGCUUCAUGAACCCGAACGUGAAUCUUAGCAUUCUGACCGGCUUCGUGACUCCUCAGCCUUUCGUUACCUUGACCCCCGACGACGAAGCGGAUAUAAAUGACGUAGCUACCACUUUCUCGGACCUGGACGUCAGAACGGUCGAAACUCGAAGGGAGACUAACAAGUUCCUCGCAUCGUUUCGACCUCCGAGUACCGGCCUUCCGCCACCCAACGCGCAAACUUCCACUAGUACAAUUUCCGGUUCGAGCGCUAUCGCCAUCGAUCCAUCGACCACCACGUCGACCACGAGAAGCGUCGUCACAACCACGAGUACGACGAAAGCCACCGCGGAAACGGAACAAUUGGAAACGACGAUCGCGAGAACGACGCCGACGGUUCCAAAAACCACCACGGCCAGAUACGGAUACUCGGCCAGGCGAUCGACCGUCAAGACGAUCGUCAGGAACAAUAACCUGAAGAACAGGUCCAAGACGAAAAACUUCGGCUUCGGAAGACCGUCGACGACCGUCAGACCUAGAGCGACCUCCGCAGGGAACAUGACGGCGCAGAGCAUGUCGCUCACGAUGAACAGCCUGGCCGAUUUGGAUCACCCCGAAAAGUUGAACCUCGAGUUUCAACCCGCCGAAUCUUACGGUCCCAUUACCUUGGAAUACCUGAACUACGCGAUCGCCCUCGGCGUCUACUCCGUGAGGUACCCUGCGGUGUUCUGGUCCUGCAACAAAGCGCUGGGCACCAUUUUCAGCUUCCAGUUGGUCAUCAAUUCCGCUCAGAGCCUGCUGGCGUACGUCGGAAUGUCCGUUCUGUACAAGGUGCAAGUGAUGGGACCUCUGAAGGCGUUGCCCGUCCUCCGGCAGCAGUACCGCACUAUCUCGACCACCAGCAGUAUAUCGACCAUUUUCGGGGACUCUUACUUCCUUCUGAACCCUCAUGUUACUCUGGUCCUGUUCGCACUGUCAUCUCUGUUGGUGCUGUGCUCCAGCAUGGUGAUGUACUUCUACGCUUACGGCAGGUUCACGGCGUUUUUGAACCAGGAACGCGAGCGCCGAGUGAUCCUAUCAAAGGAGAACCGAGACAAGAACGGCUGGGUGUACUUCAUCCACUGCACGGCCCUCUGCGUUUUCCUGGCAAUCGCGAUAUGCAGCGCACCGUUGCUCUACGACUACAGCGUCGUCUAUCGGGGAAGUUUGGACGGGGUCAUCUUGGCCUGCAUCGUCGCCACGGUUCUGCAUUUGUUUCUCUGGCUGGUGCUGUGGAUCUUCCUGACGAUCAAACAGCGUUGGACGUUCAAGUUGCGGGUGACGAUCGGUCGAGCGACCGUCAGGUCGGCGAGGUCGGUGAAGCUCGUGACCGACGUGGAUCUGUUGUCGGCAAGGGAUGAGGAGGAUGGCACCAGCGCGCCGUUGCUGGUCGUCGGUAACGGCAGAACCUACACCAUUGCCGACGCGUCGCCCAAAAAGGCCAUCAUGAGCGUCAUUCAGAAGGCGGCUAUCGAGAGAAAAGCGCGCUCGCAAGGUAACACCGACUCCGUCGACGGUGAAUCGACAGUCGACGAUGAACAGAUCUAUUGGUUGCGACCAAAGUUACGACCGUCGCCCACCAGGUCGCCCAGCGACGUGAACGGGGCGCCCAACACGGAAAAGGGUUGGCUGAACAAGAAAUUCAAGCCCAAGGUCACCUUUAACGACCUGCCUAGUACGUCAGGCUCGCGCAAUAAGGGAAAAAUCAGACGAGGUACCGGUGAUGGGGGUCCUGAAGACGACGGGGAUUACGCCACGCUACGGGAACUUCCGCUGAUGACGUCUCUGGAUCCCGCCGACGAUUCCACGUCCGAGGAGAACAAGCUACUCGAAUGCGUGAACGACGACCAGGUGACUUACUACGCGAGCGCAAAUCGCGAUCUACAACCUUCGGAAGGCGACCCCUCGCCACUGUUGACACCAGACCCUUUGCCCGAUCCCACCUUGGAGUCACUUCCACUGCCACCUCCGACUCCAACUUCUGCACCGAGCACCGAAGUUGUUACGACGACGCUAACCACUAACACCCAGACAAACGGAGGACAGACGCCGCGCUGCCUGCGUCGAGCAGAUUCGGGGAUGCCUCACGAGGAGCUGACUCCCCGUUCCGAUUCUUCCAACUCUCCUCCUUUGGAUACGGGAGGCGGAACCGGCUCGGUAACGGGACACAGCAACACCAGCAGUCACAGCGAGACAUCCUCGAGCGGAGUGCACAGCAACGCCAGCAACGCGAGCAACGCCAGCAACGGCAGCUGCCAACGACGCGCCACCAGCGUGGACGAUCUCACCGGAGAGCAGCGCAACUGCGACGAGUCUCGAGAACAGUGGAGGAGUUGUUCCCUCCAGCGAGGGGUCCAGCCUCCCACCGCUUCCGGUACCAAUUUCUCGACGCCGAGCAGCGGUCGACCUGGUACUGGAACCAGCCAGGCGUUCGCCUCGCCGCAGUACGCGAACCACGUGCCGUUGUUCGUCAACUCGACCUCGAACGCGAACCUGAGCGGAAACGGGAGCGCGAGCUCGAACGCGAGCGUGAACAUGAACGGAAACGCCAAUCCUAUCGAGGUCGCGAACGCGACCGGCGGUUGUCCGGCGGUCAUCGUGGAGAAUCCGAACGAAGCGACGGUGGUUAUUCGCCGCAAGUUGUCGCGAACGAAGCUAACGGAGCCGCUGAACCCCAACGAGGAGCCGUUCGGCCGGUCGACUAACAUGAGAAUGACCUCCUUCACGGAGAGCAACGACGUCCGCGUGCACGCGUCCUCCGCCACUCUGCCGCAUUACCCGACCCAGCCCGCGGUCACCUUCCCUCACUGCUCCACCAUGCCGCUGCCACAUGGUUCUCACGGCAUGGCGGGCUCGCACAUGGCCGGCACGAGCGGGAGCUGCGGCUCCGUGCCCAGACACGCUUUCGUCCCGCCCCAGGUCCACGCGACCGUCCCCGCGCACACCACCCUGCCCUCUCAUCACAACGGCGUUAGACUGCUGCACCCGAUCCCGCAGAGCAACCCCUUCGUUAAGAGGUUCCCCCCUGUACAGUUGCACGCGCAGCCCUGGGCGCUGCCCGGACACCACACGUUUCCCCAAGCGCCGCAGAAUAAUGGCAAGCUGACCACCGCCGCUCAGAUCCGACAGACCGAUCGGGACUCGGCUAACUUCUCCAUGGCCAGCAGCGGCGAUUCCGACACGUGUUUGCCUCAUUGAACGAAUCGGUGAUCGCCGAUCACGUAUCUCCGCUUUUCGCUUCCCGUUUCCGGUCCCGCGAGUGCUUUUCGCGACACGACUUGCGCUUCGGAGGCUUUCGAAGACCGGAAAGGUUUCUCAAAGUCUCGACUCUCGUCUUUCGCGUUCUAGACGCACGGAAUUUCGUAUACUUUAUCCAACGCCGCUACAUAUCAUACCCCUCGCGAUUCAAGCACCAAAGAGAACAACGUCUGACGCGUAACGUUUCUAUUUUUAAUACGAGCACCGUGCGACCGAAUUCUCUACAGUUCUUCCAUAUCAAGCAUCCGUGCGUUCGUCGGGUUUCUGCGUCGACGAUCUAUACUCUAACAUAUUAUACAUAUUCGUAUACGUAUACUUGUAACCACGUAUUUAAAAAUCUACGGACUCGUCAAACAUAUCUUCCGCGAGUCGGCGAUAACGGGGCUGUUCACGAUUCGGCCAAUAAUACCGAGUCGACGGAUCCGCGGAAACCUUUUCCAUCUUCGAAGCUCACGUUUUCAACGGGUACCGGCAAAACGGAGACGAAGCGAAGUUACAUUCUUACGUUGUAAAUUUUGUUCGUCUAUUUUCUGUUACAAGGAGACAUUGGAAAUUUUUCUUUCGAAAUUUUUACGGACGAUUCGUCCGUAACGAACUGUUCGACUAUUCGCUAUUUUCCAAUUGUUUCUUUUAAUUUAAUUUAUUUGUAAUAUUGUUUAUUCCUCGUUUGGUUUUGUACAUAGAACCGUAAGGUUGAAAAACACGGCGAAGAGUGAACGAAGGAAUAAAGGAUAGCGUAAGGAUUGGUCGCAAAGCGACCGGUUAACUAGUAUUAAUCGGUAGGCAUGUAAGCGCGACCUGCGAGUCGCGGGUCGUUAAAAGUGCGUUCGAGGACGAACGGUUACUGCCAUUGAUCGCGAGGGUCUUCGGAUCUCCAUGAUAUUCGCUUAUUUCGUCGACUGCCAGUCCCGUUCCGCGAGAAUUCGAGCGUUCGAAAAGCACCCGCUUUGUUCUCUCGCGGUCGAUUUGCACGAUCUAUCGAGAUACCGCGUCAAUUCGUUCCUCACGAUUCCCGAACGCGUUUUCGUUUUUGUUCGUGCGUCUCGAGAGUUUACUUGUCCCGUCGCACGCGAGACGUACCCAAACCUGGAUAAAACGAUCGAUAGAUGCGAACGAACGUUCGUAAAAACAUCGGAUAUUUUGCUCCUUGCGAGUACGUAAUAUCGAAAACGACCGAUCUUCCUUCCAAGAUACAAGAUAACGCGGACGGGGGUGUCCGCGAGUACAAAAUGUUUCUAAAUCGCGUCGGUGAUCGCCGACGCGACGAGAGGCGAUUCUUAACGAAAGUAAAUGCACCGAUUAGCGAAAAUAACUUGGCACACUUUGAUAGACAGCAAUCUUUAGAGUUUCCGUUUCUUCUGAUCUUCGCCCAGAAUCUUUUAGCGAUCGCCUCUCGACGAUGCGUAGGCAAAAGCGUCUCGAACGCCGCUCAAAUGCCAGAGAAACUAUUUAUUUAUUUUUGACUAUCAGUCAAGCCGGUGCGUACAAACCCGUAGUAUUUCGCGAACACGGAAUCGAGAGCGUAAUUCGACGGACAUCGAACAAACCAAACUUGUACAGGUGUCUUUUUAUACGUGAUUGUCCCCGUAGGGGUUUAAAUCGUAUUUUUUACGCACUUUUCCGCGAUCAAAACGGAGUCGGAACCGAGAGACGCCGUUCAUAAAUUUGACGAGCAAAAAAUUAGCGAAAUAUCUCGCGUGAAUCUUUGAAAAUGGCGGCGAUCGAUCGCGUUCCGGUGUCCGCGUAGCCUCGUUAGCAGAAGCUAGUUUCAGCGUCGCGAACGCGAACGCUUUUUCUAUCCCUCGAAAGGAUAUCCUUCAUAGAUAUUUUCUUAUUUUUUCACGAACAUUAGCCCUCGUGAAAGCGGUAGUACCGCGUGUAAGAUAUCGUCGCGAAUAGUAGAUCGAGCGUCGCUCGACAAAAGCAGCCGAACCUCGGAAAUCUUUGUUUAGGCUUCUAAACGUUGCGAGUGAUCCCUGAAACUUUUGAUACUCCUCUCCGCGAUAGGAUCGAUUAGUCGAAUCUGCCCCGAGCAUGUUCGAAAAGAUUCCAAUUUAUUCUUCUAGGAUCGAAAGCAUCGAAACGAGUGCGGUGAAAGCGUUUCGAAACCACGAUCGAACUGCUUUUGCUGUACUUGAAAAUAUUUUUUCACGCGCACACGUGCGUUCGUUAGACGCGCGAUCUAAACGCCUUCUUCUUCGAUAUAGUAGAACGCGGAAUUACGUGUCUCGGUUUCGUGCUUGCUUAUCGUAAGAAAGUUAAUCGUAAAGAGAACGACGAUAGAAAAAUAGUGUCAUCGCUACGUUCUCAUCGCAUCGUCAUCGUCAUCGCCAAUCAUCGCCAUCUGAAGAGUGCUAGAAGCGGAGAAAAUAUCAACAGCGAUAGUAGCAACGAACAAAGUUUCGGAAAAAUGAAGUUGGAUCAUAUCGAUGCUGCGUCUCGCAGAAAUAUUUUUUUACCUUUUAUCGUCAGCGUGUUUGCUGUUCUGUUCGUUUUAGGUCCGGCUAGGAGCGAAUCGCGCGUACGGUCAGGUCAGGAAACCGAUGAGAAUCUCGGAGAUUGCGGGAAAACCACGACGAGAAGGGUGAAUCGAGAGUGCGUGUUGUUACGAGUGUGUCCCGUUGUCACGAAUACUCCGAAGGUUGUAAAUAAUUGCCGAACGAAAUUUCCGGCUAACGCGAGAGACAAAGAACGAGGAUAUACGAUGGAAGGAAGCGACGAAAGGCGCGAAAAAUUCAACGGAUACGUACGAAUAAUUGUAUAAAGACUGAUUAGACUAACCUUGGUAUUUAUUCUAAUUCGCAGUUAAACGCUAUCGCUUUGCGCGCUCUCGAAUGCUCACGGAGCCCGAUACCAAAGGUAUUCAUUCCCGCGAACAGCUUCCAUUUUUCUCUUGUUCUUUGACUCGAACAUCCGUCGCGCCGCGUCGCGUCGCUCUUUGAUUCGUUUCCCCCGUUCCACCGAUAUCGAACGCUUCUCCUUUCGGAGGAUAUCGAGUCGGUGGAACGUGGUCCUUCGUGAUCGUUUUCUUCACCGCGUUAUUCGUUAAUAAACGCGAACCAAUGAAACGGAGCGAACGGAGCAAAGAGAAAAAGAAAAAUGGUAUGCGCGAUCAUAACAGCGACAUUAUUAUCGUCGCAACGUAUCAAUAUUAUUCGACGCAACGUAUAAGCAAGUAAACUAGAUGUAAACUUUGUAUAUUCAUUUACCAAGAGAAUAAAGAUAAAUUAUUCGAAAGG